GUUUGUUGACAAGUCGGCAAUGAUUUCGUGGCUUAAAAACAAAUUGUGCUAAAAAUUUACAAUUUUAUUCACUUAUUUAAUGUUAUAUUUAUAUUAAAACGUGUGAAAAUAAGAGACCAAAAUGGGUGUAGCUGUAAGCAGAUACUCCGAGCUAUCGUCAAACGAGCUGCUGACGAGAUUCUGUUCAGCUGACGUCAUCUGUCCGAAUGAUCCGUUCUGGAAUCAGUUGCUGGCUUUCAACAUCAAUCCACCUUCGAGCGCUGAGGAGCAGCUCAUGUUUGACAGCAGCACGGAAGCCCUACUCCAGAAGUUUCUCCAAAACAAUCCACAGACUGGAAACCUUGGAUCCUUAGUGCAGGUCUUCAUAACUCGAGCCACGGAGCUGCUGGCUGCCCCCAACAGUGACAAUGUGAUGUUGGCUUGGCAAACCUUCAACGCUCUCUUCGUGAUUCGAGCAGUCAGCAAAUAUCUGGUGGAAAUGGUACCAGAGUAUGAGCUCUGCAGACAUUUGGACUUCCAAGCUGAACGGAGAGUUGGCAAUGGUCCCGUGGAAUCCAGGGAUGAUAACACGCCGUCACAAGAGACCUCGCCGUCACCGCUCGCUUCGCCAGCGACCCCAGAAGUCCCAGAAGGUCCGACUUCUCCCAAAUUGACGGGGUCUGAGAGCCGUGUGGAGAUGCUUAUUGACGCACUAAUAGGACUCAUUAUUGAUGUUCCUGUUACAGACAACACAUACUAUCUACAUUUGGAGUGCAUCAAUACUAUGUUGGUGCUUAUGUCUGUGUAUAUGUUUGCUGGCGUUCACGGACAGACACGAUUGGUCGACACUUCACUUAUAUACAGAACCCUCUUCCAAGGUCGCUACGGUAUGCACGCUCCCCUCCUCGUCAAGACCUUGCUGAACAACCUGUCCAGCAUGCUGGCGGCCCCCCCAAGCAUGUUUGGAGCUCAUGCAGGUGGAGGGAGCCUGCUCAUCAACUUGGCUUCUGGCUUAUGGAACAUGAUAACCUUCAACUCGACGGCGCGUCAGACCAUAUACACUCACCCCCCACUCGACAGACAAGAGUUACAAGAAAGAGUUAAAAAAGAACAUCCUGUAGCGAACCAGUCGUGUCUUCUUCUCCUUACGUUAGCCAAUCAUUGUAUGAACGAUGAUAAUUUAUAUAGAAACGCUUUGCUGUGCUGCGAAGAUACUGCAGAAACUUCAGCACCUACACCACAGCGAGAAUCGAAUGGUGGAUCACAGGUGACACCGCCGAGAAUUGACAUGGCCGCUUUACACCGCGCCCUAUGCGCGACGGCAGGCUGCGAGCACUGUACGCUACUCCUGUACUUACUGCUGCACUCGUGCGCAGCGUACAAGCGGCACGUCGCCAAUGUGGCCCAGCUUGAUUUACUCAUAGUUCCAAUCCUGCAAGUAUUGUACAACGCCCCGGAGAACAACAACCACCAUAUCUACAUGUCCCUGAUAGUCCUGCUUAUACUGACUGAAGAUGAUGCCCUCAUUAAGAAUGUGCAUCUCAUUGUAAGUAUUAUGCUUAAAAACUUGACUUGGUACACGGAACGCGCGAUUUCGGAGAUAUCCCUUGGCGGUCUGAUGGUCCUAGUGGUACUGCGAGCGCUUCAUUACAACAUGGUGCGCGUCCGGGACAAGUAUCUGCAUACCAACUGUCUCGCUGCCAUCGCUAAUAUGAGUUGUGAAUUCAGGAACUUACAUCCAUAUGUAGCGCAGAGGCUAAUAUCUUUAUUUGAAACUUUGACGAAACGAAGAGCGAGACUUUGCAGCGAAAUCGAAGGUGGCGAUAUUAAUAAUUUAGAACUUCCACACAUUACUGAAGAGAAAACCGAAGAAAUUAUGGACCACAUAUCAGUGUUGGAUGAGGUACUUCGCAUGCUGCUCGAAAUCAUCAAUUCCUGCGUGUCUCAUCAACUCGCUUCGAACUGUAACGUGGUAUACGCCUUACUACACAAGCGACAUCUAUUCACACAGCACACGCAUCAUCCAGUCGCUCAGAAUAUUGAUAUGGUCAUAGGCUACUUCUCGACACGUCUACAGCGCGUCCAAGAGGGCGCUGGCGGCGAUUUAGGCGUUAACGAAGUAUUGCAGUGUAUCAAAAAGGGAGCCGAGCAGUGGUCUAGCGAUAGGUUAAAGAAAUUCCCUGACUUGAAAUUCCGUUACGUGGAAGAGGAAAGACCAGAAGAAUUCUUCACUCCAUACGUCUGGAGUUUGGUGAACUCUUGUGGUGGGGUGUACUGGGCCAGUGAGGGUGGAGCGAGGGCCCUGGGAGACCUCCUCGCCUGCUGAUCAUCACCCAGAUGUAAUUUCGUGGAUAUUAUGAUCAGGACUCUUAUGUGCCGGUGGUACUACGAAAUGUAGUUUAAAUUUGAUUUUUAUCCGAAAACGAAGUUUUUUUAGCUGUAUUGUUAAUAACAUUAUUUAUGUAUCUUUUUUAGUUUAUUAGUGAAAGUUCUCUUAAGGGGUGAUUGGCUUUAAAAUGUUGACAAAAAAUUUUA